AUGCUUACACUUGCUUUAGGCGACCUUUACAUUCCCGAAAGGGCCAUUGAUAUUCCAUCGAAAUUCAAGAAACUACUCAGCCCAAAUCCACAAAACUAUCCUACAAACUCCAAGAUUUCGAAAGUUGUAUGUUUGGGUAACAUCACCAACUCGCCUUCAACUCUCCGAUUUCUUCAUGAUAUUUCACCACACUUUCAACUCGUCAAUGGUGAAUUUGAUGAUCCAGUUGUGGUAUCACAACAACUCGAUUUGAUUAUUGAGUCUCAUCAAUUGAAAAAUAGUCGACGAGACACAACAGCUACGAAGACGAAAAUCCCAAUGUAUACAAAAAUUGUACAUGAUGAUUUAAAAAUAGGGUUCACCAACGGGUACCAGAUUAUGCCACGCGGCGAUCCAUUGCAAUUGAGUGCAUUGGCAAGGGAAAUGGAUGUCGAUAUAUUGGUCUGGGGUGGAACACAUAAGGUUGAAGCGUAUGUGUUGGACAACAAGUUUUUUAUCAAUCCAGGAAGUAUUACCGGCGCGUUUAGCUUUGAUUGGCCAGAACAGGAAGAGGAAGAGGAAGAGGAGGAAGGUGAAGGAGAAGUUGAUGUGGAUAACACUAGUGCGAAUGAGUUGGCAGAUAAGGAAGAUAGAGAAAACAUCACGAAAAAGACGAAUGAUGAUGAGGAAACAAAAGAGGCCAAUAAUGAAACGGGUAUUCAAAUUGACAAAGACCAGGAAAAAGAACAAAAUGUCAAAAAGGAUGACCCUGAAGUGAAGGUUGAAGCGUCUAAUGGAUCGCAAGACAAUUUGGAUAAGGCCGAAAAAGGAUCUGAUGAGAAAAGUGUAGAAGAGGAAGAAAAAGAUGAAAAGGAAGAAAAAGAAGAAAAGGAGGAAAAGGAGAACACCGAGAAGCCACUUGCUGAGAAAUUAGCAGACAUUCAAGAGGCAGACAGAAAGGCCAAGGAGCAACAGCAGCAAGAACAGUAUCAAAAGGCCAAAGAGUCGGAGAUGUUUAAAAGAACUCUACAUCAAGUCACGGAGCUGAAUACAUCAAUUCCAUCUUUUGUCUUACUCGAUAGUCAUGGCUCAACAUGCAUUUUAUACAUAUACACCUUAUUCGACAACAAAGUCAAGGUCGAUAAAGUAACAUAUACAAAAGAAUAA